AUGGCAAGCUACGACCCCUACAACCGCGCCGCGAUGGACCUCUUCGAAGCGCAGCAGCUCGAGGCCAGCAGCAGCAACAGCAACAUCAAAACCUUUCAAGCCUCGAGCCAGGAGCCGAAAAGCGAGGGUCGAGAGAUGGUCACAACAAGGGAGAGGAGGGCGUCGAGGGCGCUCUAUGUUUGCCCUGGGAAAAGGGAGCAGUCAUUGGCUUGA